AUGGACGACAAAACAACCACCGCCGAUACGAUCCAACUCGAACACAUCCCUCCCUCGCCUCCAUCCAACACCACCACCCCCUCCCCCUCCCACCUCCACCACGACACCAUCGCCCCGGAAGCCCGCGGCGACAUCCUCCCCGCCAACUACUACACCUCCCCCCAAUUCCUCGGCACGCUGGUCGCGACAUGUCUCGCGCAGAUCUCCGGGUAUCUGGGCUGGGUGUUGCCGGCGAAUACGAUUAGUUUGAUUGUGGCGGAGUUGGGAGAUGGAGGGGGAGGGAGUGGGGCGAGUGUGUGGUUGGCUGUUAGUUGGCAGGCGGGCUUCGCAGUCGGCUUCCUCUGGGUCGGCCGUCUCUCCGACAUCUUCGGCCGCCGCUACUUCUUCAUCUCCUCCUCCGCCCUCGCCAUCCUCGGCAACAUCCUGGGCUCCACCGCGCGCUCCCUCGACACGCUCAUCGCGACCAACUGCAUCAACGGGCUCGCGGCGGCGGGACAGUUGAGUUUCAGUGUGGUUUUGGGCGAGUUGGUUAGUAAUCGGAGUCGGGGGGUGUAUAAUGCUGUGGUGCUGAGUACGAGUUUGCCGGUGGCGGUCUUUGGGCCGGUGGUUAUGAGGGCCUUCUUCGAACAUACCGCGUUGACGUUUCGGUGGAGUUAUAUCCUAGGCGUCAUAGUCAACACCCUCGCCGUCCUCCUCUACACCCUCUUCUACCACCCGCCCUCCUACCACCACCUACACGUCAACGGCAAAUCCCGCCUGCGCCAACUCCUCGACUUCGACUGGCUCGGCACGGCGCUCUUCACCGCCGGCCUCACAACCUUCCUCAUCGCCCUCAACUGGGGCGGCAGCGUCUACCCGUGGUCCUCCGCGCACGUCCUAGGAGCCUUCUUCGCGGGCCUCGCGGGCAUGGUCGCCUUCUGCGUCUGGGAGGCUUAUUGCCCGCACGAGUACCCCCUCAUGCCGGUGGGGCUUUUCCGGAAUGUGAAGUAUGACGCGAUUGUCGCGUGCGCGAGUAUCGGCGCGAUGGUGUAUUACUCCGGCACGGUGAUCUGGCCCACGAUGGUCGGGGCGCUGUUCACGGACGACGUGGAGCGGGUGGGGUGGUUGUCCUGCGCGGUGGGCGGGGGGCUCUUAUUCGGCCAGAUCUCCGCGGGGAUCGGGGUGCGGUACCUGCCUAGGAUGAAGUGGCAGAUGACGGCCGCGGGCGUGGUCAUGAUGGCUUUCAUCGCGGCGUGCGCGGCGGCGGAUGGGGGGAGUGAAGGGCAGACGGUGGCGUUUUUGUUGCUGGGGACGGCUGCCGCUGGGUAUGUUGAGAACCUGACCCUUUCGACGAUGGCGUUGGUCUGGGAGCCUGAUGAUAUCGGGCUCGUGGCCGGUGUGCUGGGCGCGAUUCGCACGGCUGCGGGGGCGUUGGCGACGUCGAUGUAUAGCAGUAUCCUGUCGACGGAGUUGGCGAAGUACCUCCCGCGGUAUGUGGCGCCUGCGGCCAUCGAAGCUGGAUUACCGGAGAGCAGUGUCUCGGCUUUGUUGAGUGGAGUUUCGACGAGCAGCUUUUCGACUGUCCCUGGGAUUGACGAGGCUAUUAUCGCUGCGGUUGGGGCGCCGAUCAAGCAGGCCUAUUCCAGGGCUUUCAGGACGGUGUUCUUGUGUACGAUCCCUUUCAGUGUGAUCUUACUCGUGGCGGCGGUGUUGUACUGUCCGAAUGUGGAGGAUUACAUGACGGAGGAGGUGGCGAGGAAAUUGCAAGGGGUGAAACCCAAACCUGUUGAAAAGACCGAGGACGCUGGGGUCGUAUGA